GGCGCUGGGGGGUAUAAAGUAUAGAACCGUUGGGCGUGAAAAUUCUAGGUGUGUGUUGGACGUCGUGGAGAGAGGACCUCCCGCUGCUGAUUCCGUCAUCGCCUUCACUGGCUUCUAACCUAAUUGUUGAUAUAAUCUGCCUUCAUCAUAUAUUUGUGUUACAAUGAGUGUCAAGGGAGGCACCGUGGUGCUGGCGUACUCCGGCGGCCUCGACACCUCGUGUAUACUAGUGUGGCUGCGGGAACAAGGCCUCCAGGUGGUCGCCUACCUGGCAGACCUGGGUCAGGACGAGGACUUCGAGGAGGCCAAGAAGAAGGCAACGAAACUUGGAGCCAAAGAGGUGGUGGUUGCGGACCAGAGACGGGAGCUGGUGGAGGACUUCGUGUGGCCAGCUGUGUCGGCUGACCUCAUCUACGAGGACCGCUACCUGCUGGGCACAGCGCUCGCCAGGCCCUGCAUCGUCAGCGGCCUCGUCCGCGUCGCCACCAGGGUGGGCGCAGGAUACAUAGCCCACGGCGCCACUGGCAAAGGCAACGAUCAGAUUCGGUUUGAACUGGGUUGCUCCGCUCUCUGCCCGGCCCUCAAGAUUAUCUCCCCGUGGAAGGACCCGGCCUUCUACGAGCGGUUCCCAGGUCGCCAGGAGCUGUUCGAGUACGCCCGGAAGAACGACAUUCCCCUACCUGUCACCCCGAAGUCGCCCUGGAGCAUCGACGCCAACUUGAUACAUAUCAGCUACGAGUCUGGGGUGCUGGAGAACCCGUCCACACACCCGCCGGAGGGCAUCUUCCAGCUCACCACCGACCCGGAGAAGGCGCCCGACACACCACAGCGGCUCACCCUCUCCUUCACGACAGGUGUGCCAACAAGUGUGAGUGUGGAGGGAGAGGGAACCCAGGUGACAGAUCCUCUCGAAAUACUCCUGACAUGCAACAGGAUCGGGGCUAAGCAUGGCGUAGGGCGGAUUGACAUGGUUGAGAACCGCUUCGUUGGCCUCAAGUCACGAGGCUUGUCCGAGGCCCCGGGCUUGACCAUCCUGCGGGCGGCCCACCUCGACCUCGAGGCCCUCUGCCUCGACCGCGAAGUGAGGAAGAUGAAGACCUUCAUCAGCACCCGCAUGGCCGAGCAGGUCUACAACGGUCUGUGGUUCAGUCCUGAAUUCGAAUUUGCACGAAGUUGCAUCAAGACGUGUCAGAAGGUGGUGACGGGCAGCGUGACGCUUAAAGUGUACAAGGGCAACGUGUACGUGCUGGGAAGAGAGGCUCCCGUGUCGCUGUACAACCAAGAGCUGGUCUCCAUGGACGUCCAGGGGAACUACGACCCCAGCGACGCCAAGGGCUUCAUCAGGAUCAACGCUCUCCGCCUCACUGAACACCAGAGGCUCAAGCAAGAGAUGGAGUCCGCCAGUUAACCGUUGCACUGCGCACUAACGGACAGAGAAGAUCGACGGUCAGAUUGCCGAUAGAUCGACGAGUGGGGUCGAACUGGUGAUAACCAGAUGGUUUAAACAAGUACUGGACUUGUUACUUGGUGUUGAGUUGGGAGUGAACACAAGCCUAGGAUGCAAAUUGGUUAGUUAUAGAGAACUAGAGAUAGUUAUGGUGAGCAAGGACAAGUUAGCGGUCAUCAUGGGGGUGGAGAUCAACCAAUGGUAGACAUACUACUGGUACAGUGAUGUACCGAUGUACAGGAUAUCGCCUCCCGAGCGACAAUGAACCGGAGGUCAAACUAAUAGGACACAUGAGACGGAAUUUGCUAUUGUAAAGUCCUAAAAUUGUUGAGUGAGCUUUGAUUUGGUCGUAAAAUACCAAUAUAAUUUUUUGUUUAAGAUAAGCCAUAUUCUCCCUUUUUUUAAGAAGUAAUUCUUUGUCAUUCUUUAUAUAAAAAUUAUAUAAAGAGAAAUCUUUAUUGUCAAUUGAAAAGCUGAAGAUGGUAACAGUUCUAAUUCCUUUAUAUGAUUCACUACAACAAUUUUGUUAAGUAUAGGAGUUGUUUGUCAAGCACAUUAAACACUCAUGUUUAUUUUGUCCAGUAUUUUGCUUCCCUACAUGCCAAACAGGUGAUCACUAAUUCCACAAUAACCACAAUGAAAGCUUACAAAACGGUAACUCCAAGCUGUCACCGCAUCACAGUACGAUAUAUUACGAUAUUAAUAUUCUCUGCACCAGUAUCUAUCUUAAAAUGUUAUGUCUUAUCACAUUAAGUUUUUUUCGAGCUUUGAUGUAUACACUUGGGAUUUUAUGGUCUGCUAUGUUAAUAAAAUAUAUAAUUAC